CACAAAAAACAAUAACACAUUAUUUCCUUUCUUCUUCUUUUCUAACUAUUCUACUAAGUCUUUCAAGUUUCAACCGGCAAAGCCAUGAGGUUCCUAAAAGCAAUCAUCAUCAUAGCAAUAACAUUGGCUUUGUCCCUCACAAUCACAAUGAAAACCAUCAAGCAUAACGAAUCGAAACCGGCAUCGAUUCAUCUAGAAAAGCAACCACUAAUCCUCCAUGAGAAAAACAAGUUUCUUCCUUCAAAGAGGGUAAGUCGUCUCCUAGCUCAAAACCCUAAUGCACCUAUUCAUUGUCACAAGCAAGAUGAGAUUUGCUACUUAUAUGGCGCCAAGAACGCUACAUGUUGCAACAAUAAAUGCAUUGAUUUGGCAUAUGAUAAGCAUAAUUGUGGUGCAUGCAAGAAGCAUUGCAAGUACACUCAAACAUGUUGUAGAGGACAAUGUGUUGAUACAAACUAUGAUAAGAGGCAUUGUGGAGAGUGCAAUAAUCGGUGUGAAAUUGGUCAGUAUUGUGUCUAUGGAAUGUGCGAUUAUGCAUAAGAUAUUAUUUAUUGAGUCUCCAAUAUAGGGUCUCAUAUUUUAUUUUCCAAUAUAGGGUCUCAUAUUUUAUUUUAUUUUUGAAAAGGCAUAGGGUCUUAUGGUAUACUAUACGAGGCUUGUCAUGAUUUUAUUAAAAAUAUAUCAAUAAAAAAACCGCAUUUGUGGUGGU